CUGAUAAAGGCCUAUAUUAAUAAAGGGCACCCAAUCAUCCUAUGGCAAUGGCGAAUUGGCAUUUUGUCAAAAAUGGAUUAGAGUGACAAUAGCCACUUGUGAUUCAUGCCUCACGUGCUCCUAAUAGGGGCUAUAAGGCCUAGCUGAGCUUAGCUGAGACCAGUGUGAGUGAGAGCCAGAGGCCUGAUCCAUUGACCAUUGACUGUCAAUGUCACAUUGUGAUUGUCAUUGAAGAAAAAAGGAUUCGGUUUGUUGGUUUGUUGCACCUGGUCCUCCUGGCUUAUGAGAUGAGCCCAGCAGAAGAAUCCAAAGAGAGAACACCAAGCCUUAUAGACUCACUCUUGAAACUCCCUUUUAGUCAUCUACGGAGGAUAAGUAAGCUGCAUGCUUAGAAGUCAAAAUGGUCAACAGAGAAGAGGACAGCGAGAAAACACCAUUAGUGGGUAUCCCAAGUGAGCAUCAACGUCAAGAUGGAAUGACAGAAACAGCAAGGAAACAUGACACAGGACGUGAAAUCUCACCGGGACAGAUUACGAUCCCGGAAACAGAAAAUUAUAAAUUCAGCUUCAAGAAAUUAUGGAUGUUCACCGGGCCUGGGUUCCUGAUGAGUAUAGCAUACCUGGAUCCUGGAAAUAUAGAAUCUGAUCUCCAAUCCGGAGCUAUAGCUAAAUAUAAGCUUCUGUGGGUUCUGAUGUGGUCGACUGUGAUGGGAUUAUGUUUACAGUUGUUAGCGGCGCGACUUGGCUGUGUGACAGGUUUGAAUUUAGCUGACGUUUGCCGACUUGAGUACAACAAGGCUCCACGCAUCGUCCUUUGGCUCAUGAUGGAGAUUGCGAUUAUUGGGAGUGACAUCCAGGAGGUCAUUGGGUCAGCCAUUGCCAUUAAUCUACUCUCUAACGGACAUGUCCCAAUCUGGGCCGGUGUGAUCAUAACAGGUGCAGAUACUUUCACAUUCCUGUUGUUGGAGAAUGCGGGGUUAAGGAAGCUCGAGGCUUUGUUUGGUGUUCUUAUAACAACCAUGGCUUUCUCAUUUAUGUACAUGUAUAUAACAGUAAAACCUGAUCAGGGCUCCAUUCUGAUUGGCCUGUGGUUUCCAUGGUGCCAAGACUGUGAUAGUGCUGCUAUCCAACAAAUGGUGGGCAUCGUUGGAGCAGUCAUCAUGCCGCAUAAUAUAUACCUGCAUAGUGCUCUAGUCCUGUCACGAGAUAUUGACAGGACGAACAAAAAAAAAAUCACAGAAGCCAAUAUGUACUACAGCAUUGAAUCUGCGAUAGCUCUAUUUGUCUCCUUCAUGAUCAACCUAUUCGUUGUCUCCGUGUUCGCCAAAGCAUUCUCUAAUAAAGAAGAAGCAGCUUCUUUAGCUAUUGCAGGCGAAUGGAUCAAUGAUAGUUAUGGCCUUGCUGCCAAAAUCAUCUGGGGCAUCGGCAUUUUAGCUGCUGGACAAAGUUCAACUAUGACAGGCACGUAUGCUGGACAGUUUGUAAUGCAGGGCUUCCUCAAGAUCCAGUGGGCAAAAUGGAAGAGAGUCUUACUGACACGUUCCAUCGCCAUGGUUCCCACGAUAAUUGUUGCAUUGAUCGCUACCAAUGACCUUGAUGCAAUGAAUACCUGGUUGAACAUUCUGCAGAGCGUCCAGUUGCCAUUUGCCUUGUUGCCAAUUCUACAUUUUACAAACAGCCAGAGGAUUAUGGGGGAAUUUAAAAAUGGCAGAGUAACAAAAUCUGCUGUGUGGGUCCUAGCUCUUCUUGUGAUGGGAAUCAACUUGUAUCUUGUUUAUAUAAGCCUGGCUGCUAAUAAAGAAUGGUGGAUCUUCCUCAUAGCUGGUGUUGUCUUGUUUGUCUAUCUGCUAUUUGUUCUAUACUUGGCCAUCGGCAUUAGAAAAUGGUUGGAAUUAAAGAUUUGGUUCUUUGUCAAAGUGAACGCAAGCACGACUAACGCAAUUAUCGAAUAUGAAGAGUAUGAGUCUCGGAUUAUAUCCUGUCUUGGUCAGGAGGGUCUGGAGGAGCACCCUCGAACCUCCAACACUUCUAACGUUGAAGAGAGCGGCACUGUGCAGGAUGGUUAUGCUGCUAUAAAUGGGCCAGCUUAGUUAACAUUUUCACAGCCUCGGGGGGGGGGCAACAGGGUAGAAUUUUGAAAUGGAGUAAAUUCAACCUCUUCAUAAAAGACACCCUUUGAACUGUUCUAAGUAAAGAAUUGUUUUGAUCACAGAGGUCAAAUAGCAGUGGGAGGCCCUGUUUAUGCUCAUUAUGGGUCACAGAUGACGGCACUCCGGCAGAGAAGUCUGUAUCAUUAGGUCCUUUCCAUUGUGUGUUGGGCCAAGGCCAGUGGUCUGACACUACUUCAUCUGGCACAUUCAUUUGAAUCAACACAGUGACAUAUAUUGUCCUUGGCCAAAGCACCUAUAGCAAACCAGACCUAGGCACCCCACUGGGAAACAUGGAGAAAUAUCUACAUUGGUGGAGCUGCUAAAAUUAAACCAUUUACGGGUAGUUGAAUGAUUGUAUCGGUGAUGUCCCAUAGGCUGGUAGGCUCAACCUAUACAUUCCCUUUAAUGUUGGUGGUAUGAUAUAUUUAAAAAAAAGAAUUAUGUAUAAAACAAUGGGAUUAUUUUGUCUCGCUCAUAUGUACUUUUGCGAUGCAAAGUUUAGGCCAGUCUGUACUUUGUGAUAGAAGGGUUAAUGUGCUUUUGUUUACGCUCCAUGUCCGUUUAUGGGCUGUUGUACUAAAUACAAAGUAUAUUCAUAA